AUGGCUGUGGCGCGCUCAUCUCAGAUCGUUUCUGCCUGCUCGUGGCAGACAGAAGGUGGCACGGGCGCUGUUAAAAAUGCAGCGCGUGUCACGCUGACCUGGAAUGUGAGUGAUAUGGGUGUGGACUUGUCGGAGAGAGUGAGCUGUCAGAAAUCCAAACGCAUGAGAACGUCUUUCAAGCAUCACCAGCUGCAGAGCAUGCAGAACUUCUUCACCCACAACUACAGUCCAGAUCCCAAAGACAUCAAACAGCUCGCCCAGAAAACCUCCCUCACCAAACGUGUGCUCCAGGUUUGGUUCCAGAAUGCCCGUGCAAAAUUCAGGAGAAACAUUCUGUAUCAGGAGAGCAUGGGAGUAGACAAUGUUUUUGACAAUUCCACAAUCACAUCCCCAUCAGUGCCUCCCCCUGGACUGUCCCACAGAUCCCUGAGCCCGUCCAGCCCCACUGGCACCUCUCCAUCACAUCACACACAAAACAAAACAUUAUUAGCCAGUCACAGCGCUCACUCGCCAAUGUCUUCAGAGUUCCUCUACCACUCUUAA